GGUAGCGAUUUUUGAAUUCAAGAGUUUUGCUUUCUGAAUCGGAUUCGUUUUUGAGCAAAGUGUUGAGAUUUACAUGCUUGUGGCUCGAUCUGGUUGUUCUAGAACCCUAAUUCGAAUGGGCAACGAUGAAAACUUGAUGGUAUUGGCGGAUGUUGAGGAAGGUGAGAUUCCUGAUUCUGGGAACACUGAGAUUGAAGUUAAGCAGAAGACUACUACUACGGCUGAUGUUGGCGGAGACGUCGAUGUUGGAGGAAGAGGAGGAGGUGGUUCUAUUGGCAACUCUAGGGUUUGGACAAUGGAGGAUUUGCUUACUAAGUAUCCUGGUUACCGUCUAUAUGCGAAUACGGGUUUAUCUAAUUUUGCUUGGUCUCAAGCUGUGCAGAACAAAUCUCUUAAUGAAGGUUUGGUAAUGGAUUAUGAACCGAGAGAGAGUGAUAAGAUUGUGAUUGAAGAUAGUGGUGAUGAGAAAGAGGAAGGAGAGUUGGAGGAAGGUGAAAUUGAUUUGGUCGAGAAUGCUUCUGAUGACAAUUUGGUUGCUAGUGUUGAGAAGCAAACUGAAUCUGUUGUGUUGAUAAGUGCUGAUAAAGUGGAAGAUGAUCGAAUUCAGAAGGAGAUAGAUUUGGAGAAGAAUGUGAAACUGAUUCGUGGGGUUUUGGAGAGUACUUCGUUGGUAGAAGCACAGACCGGAUUUGAAGGAGUUUGUUCCAGAAUUUUGGGGGCUUUAGAGUCUUUGCGAGAGCUGGUUUCAGAUAAUGAUGAUUUUCCGAAGAGGGAUACUUUAGUUCAAUUGUCAUUUGCUUCUCUUCAAACCAUAAACUCUGUCUUUUGCUCGUUGAAUAAUGUUUCCAAGGAGCGUAAUAAGGAGACUAUGUCAAGAUUGCUAACUCUUGUAAAUGACCAUUUUUCCCGAUUUCUCUCAUCCAACCAGAAAAAUGAGAUAGAGGCCAUGCAUCAGGAUUUAAGCCGUUCUGCUAUUGCAGUUUAUACUGGAACCAGCAGUGAAGAGAAUGUUAAUCGAAUGACUCAGCCAAGUAAUGGUGAUUCGUUUCUUGCCAAAAAGCUGUCUUCAGAAGGUACACAUCGAGGAGCCUCCUACGUAAGGAGUAGGUUACCUAUGCUACCUCUUCUAGACCUUCAUAAGGAUCAUGAUGCAGACAGCCUUCCAUCGCCCACAAGGGAAACAACACCAAGUUUACCAGUAAAUGGUCGCCAUACAAUGGCUAAACCAGGUUUUCCCGCUGGUAGAGAGAGCCAAACGACUGAGGGUGCCAAAGUCUAUCCAUAUGAGAGUGAUGCCCUUAAAGCAGUUUCUACCUACCAGAAAAAAUUUGGUCUUAAUUCAGUGUUUAAGACAGAUGACCUUCCAAGCCCAACACCAUCAGGAGAACCUAAUGAUGGCAAUGGAGACAUUGGUGGAGAGGUUUCUAGUUCUGUUGUUAAGAGCUCGAAUCCAGGGACUCUCCUAAAUUAUGGGCAAGACGUUCCUCUGCCCUCCAAUUUUAAUUCUAGAAGCAUGCCUGUUGCAAAUGCUGUUUCUGGCACUGUUCCACCACAUCAUUUGUCAAUUCAUACUAUUUCUGCACCAACUGGUUCUACUCAAACAGUUCUUGCAUCUGAUCAGACAGUGAAACCUUCUGCAAAGAGUCGCGAUCCAAGACUAAGGCUUGCGAAACCUGAUGCUGCCAAUGUAACCAUCAAUUCGUACUCGUCUGGCGAUGCUAGAAAUCUUUUUAAAGUAGAGCUUUCUGCAGACUUGGUGAAUCCAAGAAAACAAAAAGCCGCUGCUGAACUUUUUAUUGAUGGGCCUGCAUGGAAAAGACAAAAGAGUGAUACCGAUGCACCAAAAGCAGCUGGAAUUGGUGGCUGGCUAGAGGAUACAGAAUCAUCGGGACUUCCAAAACUGGAAUCCAAGCCUAGGCUUAUUGAGAACGGUGUAACAUCUAUGACAACAAGUGUUAUGCCCACGAGUGCUGUUUCUGUGAGCCAAAAAGUACCGACAGCUUCAACUGACGUUGCAUCAUUGCAAUCUCUUUUGAAGGAUAUUGCAGUAAAUCCAACAAUGCUACUGAAUCUACUUAAAAUGGGAGAAAGGCAUAAGGUACCUGAAAAAGCUCUUCAGAAACCCAUGGAUCCAAGAAGAGCAGCACAACUUCCUGGCUCUUCCGUGCCACCAGGGGUAUCAGCAGCGCUUAGUAUACCUGCAUCAAAUUCUUUAGCUGCUAAUUCUUCAAAGCCGGGAGUACUUCAGGAUUCUUCCCAAAACGCCCCCGCAGACGAAUCUGGAAGCAUUUGCAUGAAACCUCGUGAUCCUCGCCGAAUCCUGCAUGGAAGUACUCUUCAAAGAACAGACUCUUCAAUGGAAAAGCAGUCCAAAGUGAAUGAUUCCUCCACUAUUGGAACCUUGACUAUGAAGGGUAAGAAAGAAGAUUUAGUAUCACCUUCCCAGCUUGUUCCACGGCAAAAUAUUAGCCAAAAUGGUACCAGCAAAAUGAAAAUUUCGGGUGAACUUCUCAGUGGAAAGACACCAGAUUUUUCAACACAAUUCACCAAAAAUCUGAAAAAUUCUGCUGAUAUGGUUGUCGUAUCACAACAAGUUGGUAAUCCCCCAGCAAGUAUGCAUUCAGUACAGCUUAAGACGGAGAGAGAUGUUAAACAGAAUCCUUCAAAUCCCAAUGACCAGGAGGAGGAUGUGUCAGUUUCAGCAGCAUCAGUAACAGCUGCAGCUGGUCCCACUCGUUCCAUGAACAGUUGGGGAGAUGUGGAACACCUAUUUGAAGGAUAUGAUGACACGCAGAGAGUAGCUAUUCAAAGAGAGAGAGUUCGGAGGUUAGAGGAACAGAAGAAAAUGUUUGCAUCUCAGAAGCUCUCUCUUGUCUUGGAUAUAGACCACACCCUUCUCAAUUCAGCUAAGUUUAAUGAGGUUGAAUUCCGCCACGAGGAGAUAUUGAGAAAGAAGGAGGAACAAGAUCGUGAGAAACCAUAUAGACAUCUCUUUCGCUUCCCCCACAUGGGAAUGUGGACUAAAUUGAGACCAGGGAUUUGGAAUUUUUUGGAGAAGGCUAGCAAGCUGUACGAGUUACAUCUUUACACUAUGGGCAACAAAUUGUAUGCUACAGAGAUGGCCAAACUGCUUGAUCCCAAAGGGGUUCUCUUUAAUGGACGGGUCAUAUCGAAAGGAGAUGAUGGAGAUCCUCUCGAUGGAGACGAACGAGUACCUAAGAGCAAAGAUUUAGAAGGAGUUAUGGGUAUGGAAUCGUCUGUGGUGAUCAUAGAUGACUCUGUCCGAGUGUGGCCUUAUAACAAAAUGAAUUUAAUAGCUGUUGAAAGAUAUCUUUAUUUUCCUUGUAGUAGACGGCAAUUUGGGCUUCUUGGUCCUUCUCUUCUUGAGUUAGAUCGCGACGAGGUACCUGAGGAGGGCACAUUGGCAUCUUCAUUAGCGGUUAUUGAGAAAAUACAUAAAAAUUUCUUCUCGCACACUUCACUAGACGAAGUGGAUGUGAGAAAUAUUUUAGCUUCCGAGCAACGAAAGAUAUUGGCUGGUUGUCGGAUUGUAUUUAGUAGGAUAAUCCCAGUGGGUGAAGCCAAACCGCACUUGCAUCCCUUGUGGCAAACUGCUGAGCAGUUUGGUGCUGUCUGCACAACCCAGGUGGAUGAACAUGUCACUCAUGUUGUCACAAAUUCUCUUGGAACCGACAAGGUAAAUUGGGCACUAACCAGAGGUAGAUUUGUUGUUCAUCCUGGCUGGGUGGAAGCAUCAGCUUUUCUGUACCAGAGAGCAAAUGAGAACUUAUAUGCCAUCAACCCGUAAACCAAAUCCAUUUUCCGCCCUCUUAAUAUCCCCACCAUCAGGUGGAAUUGAGACUUAAGAAGGCCAUAAAACCCAAUAGGUCAU